CGGGGGGCGGGGCCGGCGCGGAUCGAGGCGGAAGCGGCGCUGGGGGGGGGGAGGGGGCGGCGACAGCGCCGCGAUCGCGACAGCGGCGACAGAAACGCAGAGACCCCCGGGGCCGCGACAGGUGUCCCCGCUGUCCCCAUGCCGCGCCGCCUGCUGUCGCUGCUGCUGGCCCCCACGCGUUUGCUGCUGGCGCUGCGGGGGCUGCUGGCCCGCGGUGGCCUCGCGGUGGCCGCGGUGGCCUCGGGGGUGGCCUUCGGCCUCUGGGGGGUGGCGCUGCUGCUGCGCCGCGGGCCCCGCGCGACAUUCGGGUGGCAGCGCAGGGACACGGCCCCGCCCGGGCUGAACGACGGCACCUUCGGGGAGCACCGGCACCUGCGGCUGCGGGGCUCGGGGCUGCGGCUCCAUUACGUCACUCGGGGUCCCCCCGGUGCCCCCCUGAUGCUGCUGCUCCACGGCUUCCCCCAGAACUGGUUCUGCUGGCGUCACCUGCUGCAGGAGUUCGGUGCCCGCUUCCGGGUGGUGGCCCUGGACCUGCGCGGCUGCGGGGACUCGGAGAAGCCACCGGGCAGGGACAGCUACCGGCUGGAGCUGCUCCUCGGGGACAUCUGUGACGUCAUCGAGGCCUUGGGGACACCGGCGGGGACGCCGCGCUGCGUCCUGGUGGGACACGACUGGGGCGGGGUCCUGGCCUGGGAGGUGGCCUCGGGCCACCCGCAGCUGGUGGAGAAGCUGGUGGUGAUGGACGCGCCCCACAGGGGGGUGAUGGCAGCGUUCUCAGCCCGUCACCCGUCGCAGCUGCUCCGUUCCUGUUACCUGUUCCUGUUCCAGCUGCCCUGGCUGCCCGAGCUGCUGCUGUCCCUGGCCGACUUCCAGCUGGUGAGGAUGUUCCUGACCAGCGCCUGGACGGGCAUCCAGGACCCGGCGUGGCGGCUCUCGGAGCAGGAGCUCGACUCCUACCUGUUCAGCCUCUCCCAGCCCGGGGGGCUCAGCCCCCCCAUCCACUACUACCGCAACCUCUUCGGGGACACGCCCAUCCCGCGCGAGCCGCCCCCUCUCCCCACGCUGCUGCUCUGGGGCUCCCGCGACGCCUUCCUGGACCCGCGCCUGGGCCCCGCCCACCUGCGCUGGCUCCGCCCCUCCGCCCGGCUCCGCCUCCUGCCCGGCGCCUCCCAUUGGCUGCCCGAGGAGAGGCCCCGCCCCCUGGCCAAGCUGAUUGGAGAGUUCCUUGGGGGAGGGGCCGAGGAGGGGUCUUAGCCAUGCCUAGGAAGGGGGGGGUGGGGGAAGGGCGGGGUUUGGAGGGGCCCCAACAUCUGGGGCAGGGGGGGAUGGGACCCCAACAUCUGGAUGGGGACGCUGAAAUUUGGGUGACGGCCCCAGCAUCUGGAAUGCAGACCCCUGGUGGGUGAUGGGACCCCCAACAUCUUGACGGGGACCCCCAAAAUCAGGGUAUGAGACCCCAACAUCUGGCUGAGGAUGCCAACAUCUGGAUGGGGACCCCAACAUUUGGGUGGGACCGCCCCAAAGGUCAAGGGGGAUGCGACCCCAACAUGUGGAACGGGGACACCAAGGUCAGGGUGGCGACCCCAACAUCUGGAUGGGGGACCCCCGAUAUUGGGAGGAUCAUGGUGGGGACCCCAACAUCUGGAUGGGAAUGUGGAAAUUUGGGUGACGCCCCCAACAUCUGGAUGGGGGAGCCCCCAAUAUUGGGAGGAUCCUGGUUGGGACCCCAACAUCUGGAAUGGGGGGACCCCGGGGGGGGGGGGGGGGGGGGGGGGGCGGAAUCCCCAAUAUCUGGGCUGGACCCCCGAAAGGUCCAGGGUGAUGGGACCCCCCCACAUCUGCAUGGGGUCCCCAAAAUCAGGGUAUGAGACCCCCCAACAUCUGGAAUGGGGAUGUUGAAAUUUGGGUGACGCCCCCGACGUCUGGAAUGGGGACCCCUGAUGGGUGAUGGGACCCCCCCCCCAGCAUCUGGGUGAGGACCCCAACAUCUCGCUGGGGAACCCCAACAUUGGGAGGAUCCUGGUUGGGACCCCAACAUCUGGAACGGGGAUCCCAAAAUUCCUGCGAGACUCUCGUCUUCCGGGUUUGGGCGGUGCUUUGUUCCGAUUGGUUCGGGAUUGUGUCAAUCAAAAUGAUCAGCCAAUCGAAGCGC